AUGCACGCGGAUGCAGCCAAGGGCGCAGGCAGUUUUCAAAUUUCACGGGAAUUGUUUGCAGCAGCGCCGAAAAUGUCGGAUGGGAGCACUUCGCACAUCGGUAAUGUCCUCGCUGCGCUGGAAGUGAAAGGAUUCGACAUUUACGACGCAGAGGGUGAAGAGUACUUCUCUGACACCGUGAGACCAGACCCCAACGCGUUCCCGUUCUCGAUUUGCUUCAACGCUCACUUCAGCGACCAAGAUUUGUCAACCUUUGCGGCGCCCCUCUUGAAAGACCUAGAGAACAAGAGCGGCAUAUAUGCGGAUGAAAGCGACCCCGGUCGCGGUCCCAGAGAUCAUGAAUCAGGGGAGAACAGCACGCAGACUGUACCAGUGACAGGUGGUACUAAACUUGCGGGCAUCUUGGAAGCAGCUCUUCGUAAAACGCGCGUCAAAGUGCUCAAUUACAUAGUCGACGAAGCAGAAAAAUCGUUUGCGCAAGCAGAUAUGUCUUUUCUACUCACCGAGGAAAUGUACGAAGCGGGGCCGAAGCUGCCGAAUGGAAAAACGUAUCCACUUUACACCGCUGAUCUUAAAGAUUUUCAUCCCGCAUGGGAUACUAUCGAUAUUUAUUACGAGUUCGCGAUGUAUUAUCGAAUUCAGCUAGUUCCCGGACUUGGUGUGAAGACGCCCGAUGAUGGCGGUCGGUUUCCGCUCAAGGUGUAUCUUAAGCGGUGAACUUCGCUUGAUACAUCAAUUGCAAAUCUCUGCGACGGCGGCCGCUCUGUACUAAAGAAGUGCGGGUUUGAGCAGCGAGAUAUAAUUAUAAACAUGAUGCUAGUAGGGCGGGAGAAGUAGAGGAUUCAGAAAGUAGAAAGAGCUCUGCUUUGUAAAAUGAAAAUCUCGUUGACGGAAACGAGAUGGAACUGAGUACAAUCUAGUGCUUUGAUGAAGAAAUUGCAUCAAAUAACAACCUGCGCCGAUGUCUGCACCAGUUCACGCACGCAGCGGCCAAAGGGAUUACUUUACAAAUAGG